AUGGAGGAGUUCGAUGAAAGCGCUGGUCUGAUCUGUGCCAAAUGGGAUUUGGAAAUGCAUAAUCGCGGAAAAACCGAACAACAACAAGCCGCGAUUGAAGACUUCAUCCAGGCCAUGUUCUCUCAUGGAGCUCAAGGUUCAGCUGGCCUCAAACAGAUAGUUGAUGAGGUGAUCGAAAAGCAACUUAUCAGUCUCCUAGAGAUUGGCAAGGAGCAGACGUAUUUCAUUCAAGCUAUCCUGUCACGAUUGACUGAGCAGCUGGAACAGUUUUCUUCGGAGCUCAGCCAUCACGAGCCUCAACCCCUUGGCUCGAAAGCAAAUAUGAAGAGUUGA